AUCAUGGCUCUGUCGCAGGUAGAUGACUCCGGAGGGAUGGAUUUAGUGCGUGUCAUAGGUUCACCAAUUUUUAGCACGCUCCUUGCACUGUCGGCUCAGCUCAGCCUUAUCCGCAUCCGCGGACCCGCCGAAGGCUCUUCACGUGGAGUUCUGCUCUCAAGCUACCAUCUUUUAUAUCGACCAGCAAAGUCACAACGACGCCACGACAUGCGCUGAUGCCAUGGCUCAUAUCUUCCGCAACCGAUAUGAAUGAGCACCUCAUGUCCAUUGUUCUGCUCUCCUUAGUGUUCUUCCUGUUAGCCUUGGUCUUCGUCUUCUUGGUCGCCUUAUCAUAUCUGAUGGCAGCAGCCUGCAUGUUUGAUUCUGGGAUUUUGAUGUCAUCUCAUCAUUUUCGACCCAUGAUUGGUGCCAUGUACGGUCACUCAGAACGUUGGACGUUUCGGAUUCAUGGCAUAUUCGUCUGUAUUUUAUCAGUGUAUACAUCUAUGUAUGCUUCGCUAUUUGCCCCACAAUUCUAUAAUCAUUACGCACCAACCUGUUCAAAUUUGAUACAAGUAUUACGAAACAACCGGUACAGAGGCAUGCGCCAAAUUUACAAGUUCGAUUGAACGUUGUUGAAGGUUAAACGUUAAGCGCUAAGCGCUAAGCAUUGAUAUUGAGGGCCAGCUGGGGCCAGGGGCUCGAUCCUAUUCUCUGAACAAAAAACGAAUCAAGAGAUGUGCUUAUUUUCAGUGAAUAUCAAACU